AUGGUUAAAUCGGCAUCGCUAAAGGCGUCGCCCCUAAAAGGUGGCCUUUUUGUUCCCCUCCAGGUAGCAGAUCGCAGAUCAGGUACCACCUCCACUCCAUUUCUCUCUCGUUCUUCCGAUGAUUUCAACGUUUUUCCGGCGACUGGAGACUCAUUUUGCAUCUUCCAUCGACUAUUAACCAUUGGUGCACCCCACUUCUUCAACCAGAGUGAUUUCCAGCUCCUCACCGGCAUACCUGCUCCACCGGCGACGUUCCGAGUUUCCCACGCACUUCUCAACCGACAAAGGAGAUAUCCCCAUUACAACCACCAAGCACCGCCACUACUGCUUGUCUUGUCUCCGGUGAAUUCCCAACCGUCACUGCCGCCAUCUCCACCGUUUUCAGCUCUAGUUCUACAACCACAACGACAGGAUGUGGAUGUUAACGCUUUUCUCCAAAACCCGGCGUUUGUGACUGCACUUGGAGAUAUUAUCCGCUCAUUUAGCAAACAAGUUGACAAUGCGACCAACAACGACGAAGAAAACGAUGAUGGAGACAACGAUUAA